AAGUCCCAACACACAGGCUGAGCUGGGGUCUUUAAGAGGAGAAGAUCCUUUCCGACCACGCCAGUGCUUGGGCUCACACUGCCUCCUCUCAGGCAGUUCCACGCGCACCAGCCACGCUCACGCGUACACCUAGGCGCGCGCCCGCCAGCUCCACUUGCGCGUGCACACUUCCUCGGCGCUCGCCCCCUGGGCCGGCUCCGGCCUCGAGCCGCAGCUCCCAGUCGCCGCCACCACCACGGAUGCCAGAAGCUGCUCCCAUCUGCAGUGCAGCAGCCCCGGCCGCCCGCCGGCCCGCCCCGGGCUGGAGGAACCGCACCAGGACGCUGGCCCUGCCCGCGGCUAGCCUGCACGCCAGGGCUCAGCGAGGAUGGGAGGGUCGCAGUCCCUGCAGCCAGCCCCAGCUAGUGACCUGAACCUGGAGGUUUCUGAGGCCAUGAGUUCCGACUCUGAGGAAGCCUUUGAGACCCCUGAGUCAACGACCCCUGUCAAAGCUCCACCGGCCCCACCCCCACCACCCCCUGAAGUCACCCCAGAGCCUGAGGUCAGCGCUCCACCAGCCCCAGAAGAACCAGGAUGCAGUUCUGAGCCGGUUGUGGUUCCCGAUGGCCCUCGCAGCGACUCCGUGGAAGGAAGCCCUUUCCGCCCUUCACACUCCUCCUCGGCGGUGUUCGACGAAGACAAGCCCAUAGCCAGCAGUGGGGCGUACAACCUGGACUUUGACAGCAUCGAGCUGGUGGACAACUUUCAGAGCUUGGAGCCAUGCUCUGCCGACUCCAAGGGCCAGGAGUGUAAGGUGAGCACGCGGAGGAAAUCCACCGAGUCCGUGCCCCCUUCCAAGUCCACGCUGUCCCGCUCGCUCAGCCUGCAAGCCGGCGACUUUGACGGUGCUUCCUGCCCGGGCAGCCCCGAAGCGGGGACCCUUGCCGCAGAUGCGUGUGGCACAGGAUCUAACAGUGCCUCCAGCACCCUUAAGCGAACUAAAAAAACACGGCCGCCUUCCUUAAAAAAGAAACAGGCCACCAAGAAACCCACCGAGACCCCUCCAGUGAAGGAGACCCAGCAGGAGCCAGACGAAGAGAGUCCAGUCCCCACCGAGGAACACCUUGCGCCAGAGACAAAGACGGAGUCGGUCACACCUGAGGGCACUGGGGGCACCUUGUCAGAGGAGACGCCCCUGGAGCCCGCCGCUCUGCCCACAGCCGCCUGUCCUUUGACUUUGGAGAGUGAGGAAGACGUCAGCCCUCUGGUUUCUGGAGGUGGCCGAGUGCAGAACUCACCCCCUGUGGGGAGGAAAUCAGUGCCUCUUACCACAGCCCCUGAGGCAGUGGAGGUGACCCUAUCGGAUAGUGGGGGGCAGGAGGACUUGCCUGCCAAAGGGCUCUCCGUGAGGCUGGAGUUUGACUAUUCUGAGGACAAGGGUAACUGGGACAGUCAGCAGGAAAACGCCCCUCCCACCAAAAAGAUAGGCAAGAAGCCAGUUGCCAAAAUGCCCCUAAGGAGGCCAAAGAUGAAAAAGACACCCGAGAAGCUCGACAACACCCCUGCCUCACCUCCAAGGUCCCCUACCGAACCCAAUGACAUCCCUAUUGCUAAAGGUACCUACACCUUUGAUAUAGACAAGUGGGAUGACCCCAAUUUUAACCCUUUUUCCUCCACCUCAAAAAUGCAAGAGUCUCCCAAACUGCCCCAACAGUCGUACAACUUUGACCCCGAUGCCUGUGAAGAGUCCCUUGACCCCUUUAAGACAUCCUCUAAGACCCCCAGCUCACCUUCCAAAUCCCCAGCCUCUUUUGAGAUCCCAGCCAGCACCGUCGAAGUGGACGGGGAUGGGUUGAAUAAGCCCGCCAAGAAGAAGAAGACCCCCCUGAAGACGAUGGUUGAAGAUGUGAUGUCUGUGUGUUCUCUGUUUGACACAUUUAGGGUGAAGAAGUCACCAAAGAGGUCUCCUCUGUCUGAUCCACCUUCUCAGGAUUCCACUCCAGCUGCCACGCCGGAAGCACCCCCAGCAAUCUCUGCAGUGGUCCAUGCCACAGAUGAGGAGAAGCUGGCCGUCACCAGCCAGAAGUGGACGUGUAUGACAGUGGACUUGGAUGCUGACAAACAGGACUUCCCACAGCCCUCGGACCUGUCUAACUUUGUAAAUGAGACCAAAUUCAAUUCGCCCUCAGAGGAGCUGGACUACAGAAACUCCUAUGAAAUCGAAUACAUGGAAAAGCUUGGCUCCUCCUUACCCCAGGAUGAUGACACUCCGAAGAAGCAGGCCUUGUACCUUAUGUUUGACACCGCUCAGGAGAGCCCCGUCAAGUCUCCUCCAGUCCGGAUGUCGGAUUCCCCAACUCCGUGUUCGGGGUCGAGUUUUGAGGAGACUGAAGCCCUUGUGAAUGCUGCAACCAAACUCCAGCACCCUGUCACACGCGGGCUGGCCUCCAACCAGGAGCCUCUCUUGCAGGUGCCAGAGAAACCCUCCCAGAAGGAGCUGGAAGCUAUGGCUUUGGGCACCCCCGCGGAGGCGAUUGAAAUUACAGCUCCGGAGGGUGCCUUUGCCUCUGCGGAUGCGCUCCUCAACAGGCUGGCCCAUCCUGCUUCUCUCUGUGGUGCACUUGACUAUCUGGAGCCUGACUUAGCAGAAAAGAACCCCCCAGUAUUUGCUCAGAAACUUCAGGAGGAGUUAGAGUUUGCCAUCAUGCGGAUAGAAGCCCUGAAGCUGGCCAGGCAGAUCGCCCUGGCUUCCCGCAGUCGCCAGGACACCAAGAGGGAAGCUGCUCAUCCAGCAGACGUCUCCAUCUCCAAAACUGCCUUGUACUCCCGCAUCGGGCCCACUGAGGUGGAGAAACCCCCCGGCCUUCUGUUCCAGCAGCCAGACCUGGAUUCUGCACUCCAAGUGGCCAGAGCAGAGGUUAUCUCCAAGGAGAGAGAAGUCUCAGAGUGGAGGGACAAAUAUGAAGAGAGCAGGCGGGAAGUGAUGGAAAUGAGGAAAAUCGUGGCUGAAUAUGAGAAGACCAUUGCCCAGAUGAUCGAGGACGAACAGAGAGAGAAAUCGGUCUCCCACCAAACCGUGCAGCAGCUGGCCCUGGAGAAGGAGCAAGCCCUGGCUGACCUGAACUCCGUGGAAAAGUCUCUGGCUGACCUCUUCAGGAGAUAUGAGAAGAUGAAGGAGGUCCUGGAAGGCUUCCGCAAGAAUGAAGAGGUGCUGAAGAAAUGUGCGCAAGAGUACCUAUCCCGAGUGAAGAAAGAGGAACAGAGGUACCAGGCCCUGAAGGUGCACGCGGAAGAGAAACUGGACAGGGCCAAUGCAGAGAUUGCCCAGGUUCGAGGCAAGGCCCAGCAGGAACAAGCAGCCUACCAGGCUAGCCUACGGAAGGAGCAGCUUCGAGUGGAUGCUCUAGAAAGAACACUGGAGCAGAAGAAUAAAGAGAUAGAAGAACUCACCAAGAUUUGUGACGAACUGAUUGCCAAAAUGGGGAAAAGCUAGCUUGGAACCAAGUGCUUGGACUUGGCCGUUGCGUGCAAUACGACCGUCGGCACACUGUUGUCCUCCCGAGCCCGUGGACCGGUUGCUUCUCACUUUAUAUGCACUACUGUGUUCCCUUUCUAAAUGAGGUUGGUUUGACCGUAUGCAGUGCCGAGAACUACCAGGAUUCCUUGCUAUCCUUUUGCAUUUUCUAGUAUAACUCAUAGCAAGUUGACCUCAGAGUUCCUGUAUCAGGGAGACUGCCAGAUUCUCUAAUAAAAAGACAAAUUGCUGACUUUGGCCUUGCCCUCUGGUGAGCAGCAUCUGAUGCGACAUGAACGUAUGCAGCCUGCAUAGGGACUCUUGCCUUAAAGAGUGUACAAUUGAUCCACAUUUGCUGGUUUGUUUGGUUUUUUUUUAAAUGCAUGUUUCAAAUAAAAUUCUCUAUUGUAAAUAAAUUUUUUUCUUUGAGUCUUGGCA